UUGUUAAUUUUGAUGAACCUUGUGUUCCUAAAGGCACAAUUAAGUUGAAUUCCUUUAAUAAGAUGGUCUAGCACCUCUUGAUAUUCUGGUCUUGGAAGCGGGAGAUGGUGAAAUUAAGAAAUAGGUGAAAGCUUGCAAUCUCCGCAACGGCAAACUACAUCUCAAAAUUGGGUUGUUUCAGUUCAAGAUUCAUCAAAAGACCAACCAAGCAGAGACUGAGAAGGGACCAGCCGCUCCCUAUUUAAGCAGCUGCAAGACUACUUCAUCAAAUACGAUAAGACUAAAGAUGCUCCGGGAAAAGCAUGGAUGAAUACUUAAAUCGGAUAAAUGAACAGCUCAAAGGAUGUUAGGUAGAAUAAAUACUUUGAACACAAGACUUACCAACAAAUAAAUACGUAAAUACAAAUAAUGUGAUCAGAGGACAAUCACUAGUUUGAUGACUGAAACAUGUAGGGUGCCAAAAUGCAAUGUUUGUGGGUGUUUUAUAUUGGGAUGAGGACCAGACAUGCCUUUGAGCUUUUCCACAAAAAUGCAAUUAGAGCUUUGAUUUGUGUUUCGAAUCCAUUGCUAAGGAUUCUGACUUCAAGAUUCUUAUCACUUGUGCGAGGCCUUGAGGUUUGAACACAGUUUCUGUUAUAUAUAUUAAUAUAUAACAUCUUGGCAGAGCAUGAGUAAAUGUGAUGAAGUGAUACUAUAGUUGUUAUCUUCCAUCGGAGGAAUGGAUGAAAGGCUGUGUGAGAUUGCCAUGACAGGAAACGUGGAAGGCUUGCUGAGACUGACAGAAGAUCAUCCCCUUUUGCUGCAUACUGUUUUGUUGGAAGGUGGAGAAAAUCCACUACACAUUGCUUGUAUUGCAGGGCACGUUGGUUUUGUGAAGAAGGUGAUUGAGCUUAAGAAAGAAUUCGCUAUGGAGCUGAAUCAAAAUGGUUUGACCCCAUUGCAUAUCGCCUCUGCAGCUGGGAAUAUCGAGAUUACAAGAGAACUGCUGAAAAUAGAUAGCAAUCUUUACCUGGUCAAGGGAAGAGAACAAAGGAUUCCUCUUCACUGUGCAGCAGUAAAAGGAAGAGUCGAAGUUGUUGAAGAACUGCUUGGAGCUUCGGGUGAUUCCAUAGCUUACGUAACAUCUCGUAAUGAGUCUGCGCUUCACCUUGCAGUGAUGAACUAUCAAUAUGAGGUUCUCAAGGUCUUAGUGGAGCACCUGAAGAAAUUCAACAAGGAAGACAUCGUAAACCAAAAGGAUGUCAAGGGAAGCACAGUUCUUCACCUUGCAGUAUCAAGAAGACAAUUCGAGGUGAUUUCCCUGAUGCUUAAUGAAGAGUUCGUCAACAAGAGUGUGCUGGACAUAAAUUCCUUAAACAAUGCAGGUCUCACCCCUCUGGAUGUUUUGCUGAUUUUUCAAAGCGAAGCAGGUGACAGAGAAAUCGAGGAAAUGCUAAGAAGGGCAGGAGGUGCAAGGGCAAAAGACUUCUCCCUUCAAUCUCUAGAGGCUGAUAGAACCGCUACCUCUGAUGUUGACCAAGGAAGGCCGCGAUCGCCUGCUAAACAAUUGCUGGACUAUUUCAAAUACGACGCCAUCAAAGACUCCCCAGCUAAAGUAAGAAACACCCUCCUCGUGAUUACUGUUCUCAUUGCAACAGCCACUUAUCAGGCUGUGCUUAGUCCUCCGGGUGGCGUUUGGCAGGACAACUCAAAUGACCAUGUUGCUGGGAAGUCAGUAAUGGGUUCACUCAACCCAACAGCAUACAUCCUCUUCCUGGUUUCCAACUCUGUUGGAUUCUAUACAUCCCUUCACAUAAUCGGCCUCCUCACAAAUGCAUUCCCUCUGCGGCUAGAACUUCAAAUUUCAAUUUGUGCACUUAUCAUUACUUAUGAUACAUGUAUGACUGCUAUCGCGCCCAGCAGCCGCAUAUCUACCAUGUUCACUGUCAUCUCUAUUGUCCUUCCAAUUCUGGCUCUAGUUUUGAGCGUCGGGUUGAGAAGCUACCUCAAGGCACCAAGAUGUGUAUUGCCACUUACAUCCAACUCAAAUUCUAGGUAGGAUACUGAUAUCAAGGGCAUGAUUUGUAAUUUCUGUGCAUUUCCAUGCUUUUCUUUCCAGAUUUACUACUUGGUUUUACAUGUAUGACUGUUAUUUUAGGUUGAAGCUAUUGUACCUUCUUCUACUAGUCUACUAGACAAUACACUAUCUAUAUAGUCUCUUUAAAUUCUUGCAUACCA